AACCGAUUAUCGUCAGUCAAUUGUAGUGCACUGUAAGCAACCUCAUCUAAGUCAACACUUUUGUUUAGUAAACAAAACAACAACAAACCGUCAAAAUGUUCAAGCUGUUCGUUGUGUCCUGCCUGUUCGCCGCCGCCGUCGCCGCCCCAGCCCCAGGAGUCGUGCUGGCUUCCUCCCCGGUUGUCCACGCUGUCCACACCCCCGUGGUCCAUGCCGCCCCUGUGGCCGUCAGCCACCAGUCCUCCCACGUGGUUCACCACGCCCCGGUCGUGAAGCACGCCGUCGUGGCCCACCACGCCCCGGUCGUUGCCGUCCACCACACCCCGAUCGUCAAGGCCGUCCCGGUUGUGCACUCUGCCCCGCUCAUCACCAAGACCGUCGUCGCUGCCCCGGUCGUCCACAAGACCUACGUGUCCUCGCCGGUGGUGCACUCCGUCCACCCAGUCCCAGUUGUCCACAAGUCCGUCGUCGCCCACCCCGUGCUGGUCCACCACUAAGUCAUCCCACACCCACAAUUCACACAAACACACUUUAGAAGACAAAGACUAGCAAUCACGUAAAAUACUCUUUCCAAACCUUCUUCAACCCGUGAUGAAGGACACCCAAAUUUAGUUUUUGUACAUAGUUUAAAUCAGUACCAGUGAAGUUUUUUUUUUUUUUUUUGUUAUUAUUACACCACCCAACAAACAAACAACACGAACGAACAGUUUGAGUCAUCAAAGUGGAGAAAAACAGAACAAUUGCUAAAAAAAAAUACACAAAAUACAUGCAACUUUGUUGAAAAAGUUAAAA